GGCCGGGCCGGGCCGGGCCGUGCUGAGGCGAUCCGACCCGACCCGAUCCCCUCGGCUCCGACCCGAUCCGAUCCCCUCCGACCCGACCGCGAUCCGAUCCGCUGCCAGCCGCGAUGGAGCAGGACGAGGCGUCCGGCCUGCUGCCGGAGCGCGGCCUGUCGCGGCUGUCCCGCUUCAAGGCGUACCGGCGGCGGUGGUUCCUGCUGGUGGUGGUGUGCCUGCUCAACUGCUCCAACGCCAUGCUAUGGCUGACCUUUGCUCCUGUGGCUGACAAGACAGCUGCCUACUUCCACAUUUCCAUGGAGAUGGUCAACUGGCUCUCAAUAGUGUACCUGCUCAUCUCGAUCCCGUUUGGUCUGGUGGCAACAUGGGUUCUCGACAGCGUGGGGCUCAGAUGUGCCGUGAUCCUGAGUGCGUGGCUGAACAUGAUGGGUAGCAUCAUCCGGAUGUUCAGUGUCAUGAAGUUCAUGAGCUUGGGCUCCCAGAAUUACUGGUACCUGUUUGCUGGUCAGUGCCUCUGCGCACUGGCUCAGCCCCUUGUCAUCUUUUCACCGACGAAGCUGGCAGCGCUAUGGUUCCCGGACCACCAGAGAGCAACAGCAAACAUGAUCUCAUCAAUGUCCAAUCCCUUGGGUAUUCUCAUAGCAAACGUGCUGUCACCUAUACUAGUUCCUGAAGGAAAGCACAUCCCAUUGAUGCUGGGUGUUUAUGCCAUCCCGGCGCUAACAGCCUGUGCUCUAGCAACAGUGGGGAUUCAUGAGAAAGUUCCUCCGACACCUCCUUCGGCCAGUGCCACCAACUCCACCUCUCAGCCAUUCCUCACAGGGCUCAAAAUGCUCCUGAGAAACAAGCCGUACAUCAUCCUGGCAGUGUGUUUUGGAGGAGGAAUUGGGAUGUUUACCUGCUUUUCAGCUCUGCUGGAACAGAUCCUUUGUGAAAAGGGUUAUUCAAACGUAUUUGCCGGCCUGAAUGGUGCACUGUUCACAGUCUUUGGUUUGUUGGGAGCCUUCCUGCUAGGACUGUAUGUCGACUGGACGAGGAAUUUUAUAGAGUCCACCAAGAUCUGUUUCUGUCUGAGCGCACUUGCCAGCAUCGUGUUUGCAGUGGCGUCUCGGUUCAGAGGCCAGGCCAUCGCUUUGGCCAUCUCCAGCUCAGUCUUUGGUUUCUUUGGUUUUGCCAUCUACCCUAUUGCCAUGGAGCUGGCUGUGGAGUGCUCCUACCCUGUGGGAGAAGGCACAUCUACAGGACUGAUUUUCGUUGCGAGCCAGAUUGAAGGUGUGAUUUUAAUGAUUCUGCUACAAGCCCUCACCGUGCGUGUUUCUGAGGACCGACCCUCCACUUGUGCCCUUGACCAGGAUGGAGCCCUGGACUGGACAACUCCAGUGCUGGUGCUGGCUGGCCUCUGCAGUGCCAUGGCUUGUUUCUACGUCAUCUUCUUCCACACGGACUACAAGCGGCUCCAUGCUGAGACAAACAGCGAUUUGGUCAGGACAGAAGAUACAGAAUCAGCAGAUGUUCCUGAAGCCUAACAAGGCUGAAAGGGGCAUGCCAAGGGCCCAGGCUGUGCUGUCAGAGGUCAAAGGGGAACUGGAUAACUACACAGGUAACAGGGAUUUUUAGCUGAUGUGAUUCAAGCUGAAGAAAUGUUGCAGAAGAGCGGAGCAUCAUAUUUCAGCCAUUUUUCAUUUUCGUAUACUUGGAUCAGGAGUGAAGCUUUUGGAGGGGUGAAAGUCAUGCCUACAACAAACCUGCCAGAAAACUUGCCUUUAAGGACAGUGGUUCCCGUAUUGCAUAACAACUCUUCCACUUGAAUUGUGGAAAUAAUUGUGCCUCUUAGGAGGCACAGUUGUUUGGUAGGAGCUAGACCAUCUUUCUCUUACAGUAGAGAGUGUAGGUAUAUGAUCUGUAACACAAAUCCACUUUGUCCUCUCACAAAAACAGGAAAAGGAAAGCACUGCCUGCCAUGCUGACUGUAAAAGAAAAAAAAAAACAGCAAGCAGCAGAAGUAUGACAGCCUUCCUUGCCCUUUCUGGUCCCCUGCCAUAUGCCAAGAUAUUCAGGAAAAGUUUCUUUUGGGUUCUUGUUUCCCCAUCUGUCCAACAAUUCCAAUGGCUCAAGCUUUUCACAAGAAGAUGGACCUUAUGGUUAGAGUUGUGUACUGCAUCAAGCGAAGACAUGCUCUCUUACAGAAAAACAUUGAGAAAGCAGCUCACUUUUGGGGGAAUGGUGUGGCAGCAGCUGGCAAAAGAACUGGCAAAGGUGACCACACAAAGAAAGCAGGGCACCUUCACGAGUUUCUGCAGAUGACAAGGGCUUUUGGUGGAAGACCAACUAGGAAGCAACAUCAACAAGCACCUUGGAGAUCUCUCUACAAGCAAUGGCUGUUGCUCAGUGUUUGAAGAGAUUGUUAGUAACACAAAAGAUCCUGUUUGGAGUUCAGUUCCACUAAGAAUUGGCAACAAGUACAAUUGUUUUUUUAUUUUACAGCAAUACUUGCACAGGAGUCCAGUGUCCUGCUCUGGUGUUGAGGUCUAAAUCUACAGCCUGAGGACUUUUUACCCUGUGACAUUUUGGUGCUAAAAAAUGAGAUGGGUGUGACUUGGCGAUACUUUAUGUCAUGCAGCUUGCAGAGGGGAUCUCAGUAUUUGUUGAUUAAGGGAACUUAAUGCAAAUUGUACCUCUGAAAAUACAGUGACUGUUUUUCUCCAGUCCAGUUAGGGGAUAAUCACGUAGCAAAGAAUGCACUUUACCUGAAAAACACUAAAGUAUAGCUCUCUCAAUGCCUGAAUUCCCCUUCCCAUUAGCAACUGGAUAUACUUCUAUUUACAAAAAAAACCCUUCCUGCAUCCUUCCAUGAAGUCUCCUAGUUCCUACAGGUACAGCCUUGCUGUCCCUGAUAAGCACUGAUGUCUGUCAAGAGGAGCAGGAAGAAGUCUUAUACUGAGGUAAAACAAGGUAACUUUGGACCUUUGAGAGGAAUGAAAUUAACCAUCUUUUGCAAACUGAUUGGUCAGUUCUGCAGCACUGGACCUAAUACACUGAACAGAAUAACACCAGAUUUACCCAUCACUCCUGAGUCCUGCUGUACUGGGAAGCAAAAAGCACUUGGUACUUUAUAAUUUUAUAUAUUUACAAAUGCUUAUGUUUUUUAAUAAAGGGUGGAUUAAGAAAACAUUAAGAAAAGA